AUGGCUUCUUCGUCGCCGCAACCUACGAGAAUCACUUCGCCAGUGAACAGAUCAUUUGCCACCUCUCCUGAGCAAAUAGAAGACACAAAGAGAUCUGUUCGAGAUCGUAGGCUCGAUACUGCCUCCAACUUGGAAGAGAAUGACACAGAAAUUGCACGCCUUGCCCAGGAUUGCAAACUGCCUACCGCUGUCACUGCCUCGCUUACCUCGUGGACAAAAGGAGCCAAUUCACUUGCUGUCAUACUGGCUCUUCUCGCUGGUGUCCAAGUAACGCUCAUCCAGGUUGUCGUUCAAGCCGGCGAGCUGCCUCAAAAUGCUACCACAAGAGCACUCAAAUGGUUCAUGUACGCCGGCGUCUUCGUUGACCUUGGAGGAGCAGCUUCAGCCGUCGCCAUUGUCAAUAUAGUGGCGACCGCGUCUAUCACCGCACGGAGUUUGGCAAUCACAGACGGGGAUUCACUACCCCGACACGUCCUCAUGGGUGGAUCUAUCGACGACCGCAAUAUAAAUCUUUUGAAAGAAGACAAUGAGACGGCACUUUUGCGAGCCUUUGGGCUCUCAAGCAAAUUCGAAUGGAUCGGUUUCCAUAUGCUCCUUUCCUUCCUAAUCGGAAGCCUCUUUAUUGUUAUCUCUCUGUGCAUAUGGAUCUAUAUAACGGAAUCAAGGGCACUGACUAGUCCCGGAUAUAAUAAAUCAUUCUAUCGUUCUUUCGCUAACAUGCAUUUGCCUUCGUAUCAGACUGCAAUGAAAUCUACAAAGUGGCCGGAACGCACCUUCGACCCAACCGUCUCUCACUGGUACGUUCGAGCCCUCACAACCUCUGCACUUCGAUUUCUGAUCUUGUAUGGUUCUAUAACAGACCCAAUGAGUGUGAAUUCGCCUUCUGAAACGUCCAACACAGCGGAGCCGAUGGCAAGCCCCGGUAAUCUCUUCAACAGAGUACGCAAGCGCGUUUACUCUAUCACAAGACCAGUCACUGGACGCGUCCAAGAGGCCCAAAACUUCGGUUUGUCGAUAGCGCGACCCCAAACUCCUUUGAAGACUCCGACCAGCCAGGACCAUGUGUGGUCGCCGAUGAUCGAGACGCCCGAGAUGCGCAACAUGCACAACAUAUUCUACGAAUACGCUGUCAAGCGACUGAUGACAGCGGAAAUGAAGGUCGCACGCAUGGGUCUCCUGGAGAAGCUGCGUUUCGUCCUUUGCAACGAGAAGAGACGCGACAAGCUACCAUCUUGGAGCACCAUGGUAACCAAUGGAAGUUGCAAAAUUUCCAGCACCUUCCCCCUUUGUCCUUUGCCCGCAGCUAGAGCGAGCUUUGUCGAUGCCAUGUCAUCUGAGCUGACUCUUCACCUCUCCCGCACAAUCUCGUGUAUUACGUGGUUCGAAUGUCCCACAGAACUGUUCAGCCUGGUCGUGACAACGACCAAGGAGAUCGCAUCCUCGCCUUUUCUGGAUUACCUCUGCCGGCGGGGUCCCUCGCAAUUGAUGAGCAAUGAAUGCCCACUUACUACUGUUGCUACGUGGAUUAUUGCGACCUCUCCACCCUGGAUGAGGAUCCUGAUCACCUCUACGAACGGGAUCGACCGAGCGUCGAGGAGGAGCCAGCUUCGUCGCGAGCUCCAAAUCGUUUUGAACUUGAACGAUUCGGACCUUGUUGCACCAGCUUUCGCCCAUGGGCUUGAGCGAGUCGCUACCAUCCGUCGGAGAUUGAUGGCAAGGCUGGACGAUAUCAUCCAGCGGAAAGUGGCCCUAAAGAGGUGGCCCUUCGCUCCGAUAUCCUCAAUCAAGGAGCACCGACUCGAAAGACAAGCGGGCAAGAAGGCCAUCCAACUGCGCAGACUUUUGGGCAUUCAAGCUGUCGUUACUGCCGGAUACGAGUAUAAAGAAUUGGGUGAUCAUGAUAUUGCAUGA